CUCUACCCUCCAUUGCAACCCCCUUCUCCUUCGCUUCCUUCACGAACCUCCUUCUCUCUACGAUGCACCAAGCAAUCCCUUAUAGAACCUGGAUCCAUGCGAACACACGUGACUCACGUGACCUUCCCCUCGCAGUGCGGGGGGCAGGUGUGGAUUCUGCCAGCGUGGCAAAGUUAGUUUCGGAGAACGCAGUGAUAGUGAUUGGGAGACGUGGAUGCUGCAUGUGCCACGUCAUCAAGAGGUUGUUACAAGGCCUUGGAGUCAACCCUCCAGUCUACGAGGUGGACGAGCACCACGAGGCCGCCGUCGCCGCACACCUGGGCGCUGCGACGGUGCAGUUCCCGGCGGUGUUCGUAGGAGGGAAGUUGUUUGGAGGGUUGGAAAGAGUGAUGGCGACUCAUAUCUCAGGUGAAUUGGUUCCAAUCCUAAAGGACGCUGGCGCUUUGUGGCUUUGACUACCUAAUUCCUCUUUCUUUUCCUAUAAUUACUACUACUUUUCUUCUUAUCAAGAGAGGAAUUAAGUUAAUUGUACCAAAAUUUUGUUAAUUAGUUCUUCUCACUCUUAUUAUAAUUACCUCUUUUCUUUCUUUUA